AUGUCUCGACCAACAUCUUCAUCAACUACUAGUCGACCAACCCAUAUCCCUCUACCGAACAACAAUUUCACACCUACCGGUACACCCCUCGCUACUCCGCCUAUAGGAAGUGCGGCAUCUCCAGCUUCUCCGCGUCAUUCAUUUCUUGGUUUUAUGCGGACAAGAGGUAGAGCCAAUACGCUCAACACGUCUUCUACGCCCAGUCAACCUCCCGCAUCGCCUUCGCUAGAUAGGGAUAGGAGUCGUAAUGCAAGUUCCAGAGAGGGUUCCACAGCAGGAAUGUCAAGAGAGAAUACCAACACGCAUACUGCUAUUAACACGGGCGGUAGCGUCACGAGAAGUAUAAGUACACCGUUGAGUGGUGGAGGAUUGAAUAUAAGUACGAAUACGGAUACAAUUGGUAAUGGUAAUGCUCACAAUCCAGGUGAGUGGUUGACUCAUCUUUGA